AUGACAGCCACUCCUUCUGUGGCCCCGGCCUUCUCUCCUGCCAGACCGCCGGCCCCACGCCCCAAGUCGGUGACCUUUGACGCUGAACCGCCUUCCUCUGCUGCUGCUGCUGCCACGGCUACUACUGCGACCUCUCCUCCACGCCGUUCGACGCGCUCCAAUACGACUGAUCCUUUGUCCGACCGGGCGACUUCGCUUCUGAUACGCCGGACGCUGUGCUCUCCUCAGCUCAGCGACAAGAGUCGUGAUGCGCAAGUGCCCAUUGACGAGCUACUUCCGCCUUUGACUAGUCGCAACGAUGUCGAUCUCCAGCUAUAUGCGAUUCUCGCUAUUGUCCUAAGAGAAUUCGUCCAAAGCUGGUAUAGCAAAAUCACUACAGAUGAGAACUUCGUCGCGGAAGUCCUACACAUCAUUGCUCACUGUUCGCGAGCACUUGAGCAGCGCUUCCGCAAGGUUGAUCUGGAAACUUUGGUUUUGGAUGAGAUACCUGACUUGCUGGACAAGCAUAUCACAUCAUACCGAAUUUCCCACAGCACUAUCGCAAGGCCACCUGUGGAGGUAGAUCCACGAGAGGCAUACCAUGCAUUGUGCCCUCUUCCGCACCUAGCACCAGUACCGGACCCUGACAAACCGGACACAGUAUCUGACCAAAAUGAAAACGAAGCCCUGUAUCGCCAAUUACUAGUCCAAGGCAUCCUCGCGAUUCUCUUGCCCACGGAAGACCUGGAGAAUCCAUGUCUAACAAGUCUCGUUGAGCAAAUCUUCUCUGAACUUAUAAUUGGCAAUAUCAUAGCCAAUAAAGCUUCGCAGCCGUGGAUGCUUUAUGAGGGUAUUUGCAUUACAGCUAGGGUUUUACGGCAGAAAAAGGACCAAGAGCCAGCGGCAACGGGAUCCCAGAACGAAGCCGCCCCUGAGUCAAAGCUUGAGGUCAAGGGUCGCCGCGCCUGGUCUGUGAGAUCUUCUGUAAGAUCCAUGUUUCUCGGCGUCAUCCAGCUUGGAAUGUUGGUUGUCGCUUCACUCCGAUUUAUCACUACCGCUCUGGUGAUGGCUUCAUCCCUUCCUGCUAGAACCACGCCCAUGUACGAAAAGGAAGCAUUGCUGGAUCAUGACAAGCCUGCCAGUGUCUCAUCGAACCAUGAUGCAUCUGAUUACAUCAAGGCGCCCAUCCUAUCAUGUCGAUUAUGGACAUGCCUCGGAAAUUUGCUUGAGCUGAGCCUACGCAUGCCUUGGCUUGAUGGCUUUCUGUCACUUCUACAAUACGGCGCGGUCAAUGGGCCUGGACGAAUCGCUGGCCCCGAUGGCCCUGUUGACAGGCUCUUGUCGCAUCAUAUCAAUUCUCUCUUCUCUCCUUCAAAUCUGCCCCCUCUUCUGCGCACCCUUCGCGGCGUUCUUUUCCCCAAUAACGCCCCCGGUAAGGCAUCCCUAUUCCCACCAUCUUCCGAGGCCGAGCUACACGCCCUGCGUCGUAGAGCGGCUAAGUCGCUUUGGGAAUUGCUACCGAAGGGCGUGGGAAGACUGUAUUUCGGUGGUCGCUUAUGGCGGCGAGGCACGAAGGCCGAGGACGACUCAUCCGAAGACGAAGACCUUGUGGAUCAGAUGGAGCGGCUUCUCCUGGUACUUGAUGACGAGUACUGCAACAAACAUCUCAUGUACAGCAUUCUCGAACUGGUACUUGCUAGAUUGAUGCCUGAGCUUACCGAGAAAGGUGUGACAGAGUUAUGGGAGGAAAGACUUGGCUGA